UCUUGGAAAACAAAUACCAGGUCAUCCCACGAUGAGGCUCACGUUCGUAUUCUUCAACUUCGUCAGCUACAUACGACCUCGUCUUCCUCUCUAAAUCGACAUUUCCAGAUUAAAACUUGUCGCAAUGGGUCGUUCGUUCAGCAUGAAGUUGUGCGUAGGGUCUCUACUUACGGUAGCCAGUGCCGUGUGCGCCAGCGUGCCAUCGCUAGAGGCGCCGGCAUGUUCCGUUGGGAAGGGCACUGUUCAAUACAACAAGUCUGUGCCUGAUAAGGCCAGCUUCCCAAAGACCCGGGUCGAUAUCUGCUACGAUGAUACUUCAAUCCACGCAACUUUCACCGCAUUCGAGGAGAUAAACUAUUAUUUCAACGAAAGCCAGACAACCAAUGACGCUAUCUGGGCGUACGAAGUAAUGGAGGGUUUCAUCUACCACGGGACCAACGACCCGCAGACUUACCUGGAGUUCGAAGUCAGCCCGAACAACGUCACUUUCCAGGCCUGGAUCUACAACAGGUCUAAGGUGCGCGCGGCCGGCGCUCCGAUGGACACUUCUUUCUUGACCCAGCCGGUGGUCGACGGCCUGACAGCCGAGACGACGCUGGACAAGGAAGCGCAAACCUGGGUUUCGGCGGCCAAGAUCCCGCUCGGACUCUUCAACGUUGACGACGGACAGGCGAAGGGGACAUCGUGGAGGAUGAACUUCUUCCGCACUGUCGUAUCGCCGGAUACGUUCCCGGACCAGUUACUUGGCGCGUGGAGUCCGACUAACGAGUCGAAUUUUCACAUGACGCCUUUCUUCGGCCAUGUCAAUUUCAUUUAAUAUAACUAUUACAUACGCUCAGCUCAUAAUAGAAAUAUGAAUUUCAACGCAAAUUGAGAACAAUACAUUUUCUUCCCCUUUUCUCGUGAAUUAGUUGGAACGUGCUGAUAUACCGAAGACAGAGUUGGUUUGGUACUAUGACAGAGUUUGCUUGAAAUUAAUCUUACCAAAUUCUACCUCUACUUCUGGAACCGAGCUUUUAAUAAAGUGGUUCAAGUCAUUUCAUUUAUAAUAGUUUUGACUCCUUACUUCUAAAUAGGCUACAAACCUAGGUUAAGGGGUUUGUUUGCCAGGAAGUGGACUCAAUCAGCAGAGAAGUAGAACCUCAUAUUUUACCCAC